CUAAAAUUAAUGCAAAGAGAGAGAGAGAGAGAGAGAGAGAGAGAGAGAAUGAUACAGCCCUAGCGGCCUUGUCCCACCCCCUCCCCUUGACGCUGGCUCGACGGUGGAUGUCCCCUCUGUUCGUGUUCUUCACAGAUCUUAUUCUUUCUCUUGGUCUCAAGUUUCUUUACAAAGGUGUUUUUAGUUGAUGGAGAAGGACAAACCCCAGAGCCAUUCUGGUGGAUUUCUAUCCCCAUCAAGUCGUUACCCAGGUCUUUCUCCAACUGGAAGCAGUUUCAAUGGAAAAUCUGAGGCAACCUCGUCUUCAAUGACGCUUCCUCCAAUGGCUUCGGGUGCUAAUUCUGAUUCAAGUCAAUUCAGUCACGGAAUGUCCACUAAUUCUAAUCAGUUCAGCCAUGAUAUUUGUCGGAUGCCUGAUAACCCGCCAAGAAAUAUUGGUCACAGACGUGCUCAUUCAGAAAUACUGACCCUUCCUGAUGAUAUAUGUUUCAACAGUGACCUAGGUGUCAUUGGCAGUGCUGAUGGGCCUUCCUUUUCUGAUGACACUGAGGAAGAUUUGCUGUCCAUGUACCUCGACAUGGAGAAAUUCAAUUCUUCCUCUGCUACCUCUGCAAUACAAGUUGGCGAGUCAUCUGCUGCUGUUGUAGAUGCAAGAUCAACUCCUACUUCAGGAAUUGGAGCAGCAACAUCUAAAGACGAUGCUGCUGUUGGCUUGAGGGAGAGGCCAAGAGUAAGACACCAGCAUAGCCAGUCCAUGGAUGGCUUGUCAACCAUAAAGCCUGAGAUGCUUGUCUCAGGCUCUGAAGAAGUCUCUGCUGCUGACUCCAAGAAAUCCACGUCAGCUACAAAGCUUGCUGAGCUUGCACUAAUUGACCCCAAACGUGCGAAGAGGAUAUGGGCAAAUAGACAGUCAGCUGCUAGGUCAAAGGAAAGAAAGAUGCGGUACAUUGCUGAGCUUGAACGGAAAGUUCUGACUCUGCAAACAGAGGGAACUUCUUUAUCUGCUCAGUUAACCCUCUUACAGAGAGACACAAAUGGUCUUACUGCUGAGAACAGUGAACUAAAGCUACGGUUGCAGACAAUGGAGCAGCAGGUUCACCUACAAGAUGCUCUAAAUGAAGCACUGAAAGAGGAAAUUCAGCAUUUCAAAGUAUUGACUGGUCAAUCAAUCCCAAAUGGUGGAUCAAUGACAAACUUUGCUUCCUAUGGAGCUGGCCAACAAUUUUACCCAAACAGUCAAGCAAUGCACACUUUGUUAACUGCUCAACAGUUUCAGCAACUUCAAAUCCAUUCACAGCAGCAGCAGCAGCAGCAACAACAUUUCCAGUACCAUCAGAUGCAUCAGCUUCAGCAACAAUCAACUGGCGACAUCAAAAUGAAAGGUCCGACUUCUUCUCCGAGUCCGAAAGACAGCAACACAUCAGAUACGUCCUCUCUCACUUGUUGAAAGCAAUAGCAUAGCAAACCUACCGAUUCUUGCCGCUCAUAGUUUAUUUAAUAUAUAUAAAAGAAGAGAUGACCCACUGUUCAAAACUUUUAUGGUUAGCCAUCAGAAAUUUAGUUGCAUUUGAUAUCCAAAUUUCACAUUUCACCUCCAACCCACAAUCUUGCAGUUCCCUUCCUCAUUCAAUGCCUUCCCCUCUGCUUUCCUGCAUCUGUCAACUAAUGUAUAAUGUUCAUUGUUGUAGACAGAAAUGUUUGUAGUUGAUUUGUUAUUAGAUUGUGGAUAUCACAGUUUCUUUAAGCUUCAUAUGAUUUUCUU